AUGCCAGCACCGGUAGUCGUGCAUCCAAGCGAAGAGUGGGACAAAAGCGAUGGUCCAUGGGCGAACUUUGCGUUGCAAGUCGGUACGCCCCCGCAGAAUGUGCAGGUUCACAUUUCCAUUGCCGAAAAGGAAACGUGGGUCGUGGGCGCAGGAGGCUGCAACACAUCAAUGAUUGAACCCAUACCCGACUGCGCCAAUAGUAGAGGAGAAUUAUUCCAGCCCCUGAAUUCCUCAUCAUGGCAGUAUGCAUCAUCUGUCUGGCAGAAUGAGGGCUUCUUUUACCUUUCGGAGCAACUCACCAGGGAUCUAGGCACCAAUGCGAUGGGGGAGUAUGGCUACGAGAGCGUUGGCCUUUCAUUUCGUGGAGAGUCCGGUCCGGCAUUGAACAAAACGGUCGUUGCCGCAUUUAACGCGACCGACUUCGUCAUCGGCCAGUUUGGAGUCAACCCCAAUAGCAUCAGCUUCACUAGUGAAAACGACAACAGUUCUCAGCUGAACGAUCAAACUCCGAGCUUUUUGUCCCGGCUGCACGACGAAGGCCAUGUCCCGAGCCGUUCGUUUAGUUUCACAGCUGGAUCCCACGCAAGAAAGACUAGCAACAAGAACGCUUUUGGGUCAUUCAUCUUUGGUGGCUAUGAUUCAUCACUGAAAGGCGAUAACGACAUGUCUUUUGGUUUCCUCAAUAACGAAAACAGAGAGCUUACAGUUGGCGUACAGUCCAUCACCAAAGAUGGAUCCACUAAUUUGUUGGCCACUCCGAUUCUUGCAGCGCUAGACUCGUCGCAACCAAACAUCUGGUUGCCCCUUGAAGCUUGCCAGGCAUUUGAACAGGCCUUUAACCUCACUUGGAACUCGACUGCGAAGCAGUACUUGCUGGACUCAGCCUCACAUGACCGUCUACUCAAAGAGAACUCCAAUGUUACAUUCCGUCUCGCAAACAAUGGUGACUUCGGUGGAGAAAAUAUCGAUAUUGUCCUCCCCUUUUCAGCUUUCGAUCUCAAGCGAAGAGACUCCACAUCGACGUUCCAGCCUUACUUCCCGCUGAAGAGAGCGCACAAUGACUCCCAGGCAAGCUUCACCUCAGAAAAAUCUUUGAAAUUGCUAAGCAUAUUGCAGAUCGCACUUGGCCGAGCUUUCUUCCAGGAAGCCUAUCUCAUCGCCGACUACGACAAAAGAACCUUCUCGCUGUCACAACGCAGGUGGAGCGACGACGCCCAAGACAUUGUACCAAUUCCCUUACCUCCAAGGAAGCCUCUCCCGGAUGGUGCCAUUGCAGGUAUUGUGGUGGGAGUUGUGAUGGGUGUGGGUAUUGUCGUCGCCGCAUUGAUCUGGUGGUUCCGUCGUCGGCGCGCCACCAUCAUCGAGUCUAGAAGAUCUUCUACUAUCAAAGUAGAGCCAUCUACGCCGGCGACGAUCGAGUCAAAGAUCUUUGAGCUUGGUGAAGCUGGGAACGUAUAUAUACCCUUGCAAGAGCAGCAAGUACGCGUCCACGAGAUGCCCUCUACGCCGGGGGCGAUGGAGCUUGAUGGAUCGGGGAAUGUAUACAUACCCCCACGGGAGCAACAGCCACGCGUCCACGAGAUGCCUGCUGAGGGUCCUAUGUAUGAGCUGGCAGCGGAGUCGCUACAGUGCGAGCUGGAAGGCACACCGCGUCCGAAAGAGAAUCCUCUGGAAACGAAGUAG